UAUGACAUUUGUAUGUGUUUGUGCGAACACUUAGAGUAUAACAGCUGAUUCACUCACCGCGCAUUCACUCCAUUGCAUAAAGUUUGGAGAGACGGAGAAACUGAGAUGAAAAGAGACAAAGAGUUGAACAGGUGUCAUAAUAGAAAAAUUUGAAGACAAAAUUCAGCCAACGCCGAGUGAUAAUUGCAAAGAUGAAACAAGUGACAAACACAAGCUGGAAUACAUUUUGGUGGAUUAUCGGUUCCAUAUGUAUGCCAUUGAGCAUUCCAUUUAUUGUGCACAAAGUGAUGUCUCAAUUGAGACUCCGAAAAAAUAAGGAUAUUCUAGAGGGCAAAGUUGUGCUUAUAACUGGUGCUAGCAGCGGCUUGGGUGAGGCAUUAUCGCACACAUUUUAUAUGGCUGGUUGCAAGGUUGUUUUGGCUGCCCGACGAAAAGAAGAGCUGGAACGUGUGCGCACCGAUCUGUUGGAAAUGCAUUCGCGUAUAGUGACACACCCGCCCGUUGUCAUUCCAAUGGAUGUAUCAGAUUUAAGUACGUUGCCUGAAAAAAUUGCACAAAUCGAAGAAACAUUUGGACACAUUGAUAUUUUAAUCAACAAUGCUGGAAUUAGUGUACGUGCGGACGUUGUGUCUAUGGCUGUUGAUCUCGACGUGCAAGUAAUGCUUGUAAAUUACUUUGGUGCUGUAGCUGUGACCAAAGCUGUACUACCAAAAAUGAUAACACGUAAAGAGGGUCGAAUUGUAUGUGUUAGCAGUAUUCAAGGGAAAUUUUCGUUGCCACAUCGUUCGGCAUAUUCGGCUUCGAAACAUGCAUUGCAAGCGUUUUGUGAUUCACUUAGAGCAGAAGUAGCCGAACAUAAUAUAUCCGUGUUGUGCGUUAGCCCAGGAUAUAUAAAUACAGCACUUUCAUUAAAUGCAUUGACUGCAUCGGGUCGUGCAUAUGGCGUGACAGACGAAAAUACAGCGACUGGGGCCAGUCCGGAACGAAUAGCCGAUGAUAUUCGACGUGCCAUACUCAGCGAAGAGAAAGAUGUCACAUUGGCACCGCUUCUGCCAAUUGCAGUUCAAUGGUUGCGAUUAUUAUGCCCAUCGAUAUAUUUUUGGGUCAUGGAAAAGCGUGCACGUCGAAUGAAUGCAAGCAAUUAAAAGGAAACACUUUAUCAAUUUGAUGAAUUCGUGUGUGAACAAUCGAAUUCAUUAUUGAUUCAUUUUUCUGAAUCCAUUUGCUUAGCUCUUUAUCCAAAUAAUUUUUAAAGUACAGAUAAACCUUAGCACUAGCAAUCUGUGCCAUUUUUCAUCAGGCGUCUCCACUCGCAUUGAGUUUGUAUUGUGAAUGUUAAGGUGCGUGCAACGCCCUUCAAUGUAAAAAACAAUACAAGUGGAGAUGAUACACGAGAUUUAUCUGUACUUUUCCAAAAAAAAAAAUGAAGUAGCAAUAUCUUUCAAUUUUCGAAGAAGAAAAUCCUAUUUUUAUCAACUUCCGAUUUUAAUUUUCAAGGCACACAAUUUCCUGUACAACUUCUCAUUCGAUGAACUAUGCCUUGUUAGCACUGUAGUAUUUGCACGUUAUUUCUUGUACGAUCUCACUUGUGGGACAUCAUUUUUAACAAUGGCAAUGUAGAAAAAUUAAAAUUGUAAUCAUAAACUUUGACAUUUUCACCAAACAUUUCUAUUGAUUCAUCUACUUUUCUAAUUUGUUCCAAUGUUGAAUUUAAAAUUUACAUUCAUGCCCUUUUGUGUAAGAAGCUAAGUAAAUGGAACUAAUAUACACACCGAUAAAGGUCGAUACGAAUUAUUCAAAAUCACAUACAAUUUGUGAAAGAAACACAUGCAACCAAACUUGAAUUUUUCGGCUAAUUUGCUGCUUCCCAAAGACAUUAAAUAAUUGUUCAGCUUCAAUAUGAAAUCA